AUGUUUCCUCUAAAAUUACUCUGGAGAAAAUGUAGUAUAACUUUUUUUAACUUAGAAUGCAUAUUGCACUGUUUUCUUUUCCCAAUAGUGUUUGGAAGAGCAAUACAUGCCAUAGCUCGUAUUAGUGAUGAAUUUUGGUUUGACCCCAUAGAAAAAGGUCUUGCUUUAAGAUCAGUGAAUUCUUCAAGGUCAGCAUACGCAUAUGUCUUCUUCUCAUCUAUGUUUUUUCAACAUUACUGCUGGACAGCUGUGUCUCAGCCAUGCCAGAAGGAAAAACAGUUGUCCCUUCCAUGUAAAUUGAUAAUUAAGUCGGUUCUUCCUGUAUUUAGAUGUGUAAAUGUGCUGGAAAGGAAUGUAGAGAAAUGCAGCAUUUAUACAAAUAUUAGUGACCAUCACAUAACUUUUCAGCUCCUCUGCAAACACGGUGUUGUAAAAACAUAUAAUCUGACGUUUCAAGAAUGUGAUCCGUUGCAGGCUGUUUUUGCAAAGCACAUGUGUCCAAACAUACUUAAAGUCCAUUCAAGGCUGCUGGCUGAUAUAAUGAUUCACUUUCCGACCAGUCAAGAAGAAGUCACCUUAUCGGUUACUCCAAUGAAAGUUUGUUUCAAGAGUUACACCGAGGAAGACACUGAUUUUUCAAAGACAAUGCUGACUGAAAUACAACUAAAUCCAGCUGAAUUUGACUACUUUCAAGUUGGAGUAGAUUCUGAAGUGACGUUUUGCCUUAAAGAACUGAGGGGACUACUAGCAUUUUCAGAAGCUACCAGUGCUCCAGUCUCAAUCCAUUUCGACGUAUCUGGAAAACCAAUUGCUUUCAGCAUUGAAGACAUGGUGCUGGAAGCCAGCUUUAUUUUGGCUACCUUGUCUGACAUCGAAAAGGAGACGGCUUCCCAGCAGCCUCCCUGCUUUUCACAGCACCAGGAAAGCUCAAAGACACAUAUGGGUAAAUCCAAAAAAACCUCCCUGGAUAAAGAUAGCAACACAGCAGUAGUUGCUUCCAAAAAGCCACAGUGGAAUGGAAACGCACUGAAUGCGGAGUCAGCGAAACCCACCAGUCCUCUGGCAGAACGAGAGAUUAAAAUCUCUUACUUCUAUAAAUAUUGUAUUUUCCAGUUUCAUUCAUUAUUUUUUGGAGCAGUUUCUUGUAAGGAGCAGGCUGCCAGCAGUCACAUCUUCCACAGUUUGGCAACAGCUAGCGACACCGAAGAGGAUUUUGGCAACGUGCAGAGCUCCCAAGUUCUGUAG